UUUCCCACCCAUCAUACCCGUCCAUUACAUCUUAACCGCCUAAAUCCACGGUCAAAAACACUUCUAACCGCUCAGCCCUCACUCAUCACACGAAACAUGCACAGCACCGAAACUUUCUACUCCGGCGCUUCUAUUUCCCUCCAUACAUAACCGCUAAGCUUCCUCCUCGUUAAACUGCAAUUUAAAAAUUCGUGGCAAUUCUGUUGAAGAAGUUUCAAUAAGAGCCGCGAUUCUUCUCUCGAAACGAUGAAGCAUGCUGCAUUCAGUUCUGUGGUUCUCCGAGCUCUGAUCAACGGCAGGAAUAACUGUAACCGUAGUGGCACCGCGGUUGCAACUGCGACGGUGAUGCCGUUUAUGGCGGCGGAAAUGAGCCGCCACUGCCGGUGCUGGUGGCUUGAAAAGAGGAUUCCCCUGCUGGAAGAGAAUGAUGGCUUCCGAGUCCCUGCGGUCGCCUGUUGAGGCAAAUUCGACGGAAAAGAAGGAGGAGGAGAAGAAGAGUGAAGGCAAUAGCCUUGUGGCCUCGAGUUAUUGGGGGAUUUCGAGGCAGAAGGUUACGAGAGAGGAUGGGACGGAGUGGCCUUGGAACUGCUUCAUGCCGUGGGAGACUUACCAUUCAAACUUGUCAAUUGAUUUGACCAAGCAUCAUGUUCCAAAGAAUUUUCUGGAUAAAGUUGCUUAUAGGACAGUGAAGCUCAUCAGAAUUCCGACUGAUGUUUUUUUCAAGAGACAAUAUGGUUGCCGUGCAAUUAUGCUUGAAACAGUUGCAGCUGUUCCUGGAAUGGUGGGAGGAGUGUUGUUGCACCUGAGGUCACUCCGCAGGUUUCAGCACAGUGAGGGCUGGAUCAAAGCAUUGCUUGAGGAAGCAGAGAAUGAGAGAAUGCACUUAAUGACCAUGGUGGAACUUGUGAAGCCUAAAUGGUAUGAAAGAAUACUUGUUCUUGUUGUUCAGGGAGUUUUCUUCAACGCGUUCUUUGCGCUUUACUUACUCUCCCCAAAGUUAGCUCAUAGAGUUGUUGGGUAUCUUGAGGAGGAGGCCAUACAUUCUUACACUGAGUUCUUGAGGGACCUAGAGAGUGGUGCAAUUGAAAAUGUUCCUGCUCCUGCCAUUGCAAUAGAUUAUUAGAGGCUUCCCAAGGACGCCAAAUUGAAAGAUGUUAUUGAUGGUUUUAGUGGCUAAGAGAAAGGGGGUUGAAUCUUAGCCCCCUUUUCGAUGCUAACACUUGCUGACCUUCAGAGAAGACUUUUCUGUUUU